GCAAUUGAACCGCAUAGCUGGGCUUCUCUCGAAAAGUCUUGUUGCGUGUUUAUUGCACACUCCCGUCGCUGUCGCCGACUCUAGGAUUCCUCAGUCGAGCUUGCUCCGAUUGCAGCUGCGACUGUGACGCGCCUCCGACCACGCACGCGAUACCCAUUGAGCAAUACGUUCGGACUACAGACUUGAAGAACUUUGCAGAGGCAGCUUCGAGCAUUAGUGCGACUUUGCCAUGGCUACCGCGCCAUCAGAAAAGAAGAAGCCGAGCGCUCUUCGAUCGAUUCUUGCAGGUGCAACAGCAGGCGCCGUAGAAAUAUCAAUAACCUAUCCCGCCGAAUUCGCCAAGACCCGAUCGCAGCUCAACCGACGAUUACCAGACGGAAAGAAGCUACCCUGGCCUCCGUUCGGCAAGCAGUGGUAUGCAGGAUGUACGACACUGAUUAUUGGCAACUCGCUGAAGGCUGGAAUACGAUUUGUUGCCUUUGACAUGUACAAAAAUCUGCUCGCAGACGCUGAAGGCAAGGUUUCAGGACCUGCGACCGUAAUUGCAGGAUUCGGUGCUGGCGCCACGGAGUCAUUACUCGCCGUGACACCAUUCGAGAGCAUCAAGACUCAACUCAUUGACGACCGUAAAUCAGCGAAUCCCCGCAUGCGCGGCUUCCUCCAUGGAACGAGAAUAAUAGCCCAAGAGCAGGGCAUUCGAGGCUUCUUCAAGGGCUUCGUACCCACAACAGCACGGCAAGCUGCCAACUCUGCCGUCCGCUUCUCCAGUUACACGGCACUCAAGCAGAUGGCACAGUCAUACGUCGCACCCGGCGAGAAGCUAGGAGCUGCAAGCACCUUUGGCUUGGGAGGCCUAGCUGGCAUCAUUACCGUGUAUACCACAAUGCCUAUAGACACUGUCAAAACACGUAUGCAAUCGCUUGAAGCCCGGAGCACGUACAAGAACAGCUUCCACUGCGCAGCACAGAUCUUCAAGCACGAAGGUGUGCUUACCUUUUGGUCUGGAGCUGUACCGCGCCUAGGCCGACUCAUUUUGAGUGGGGGCAUUGUGUUCACCAUGUACGAAAAAUCAAUGGAGCUCAUGGACAGGUUCGAUCCGCACGGGCGUUACAUAUGAUAGGCCUCCAAGCGGGAUUCCAGACCUGCAGUUCGCCUGAGAUUCCCAUGUUUGUAUACCCUACAUUAUACAUCUCGCAAAAGUGUUCGCCAACCCCCAUAGAGACUUCACAUCUCGGAGGGCCAAAGCUUGAAAGACAAAUACCUGUAUUUGUUUAUUGGGAAACGCAUCCGCCGGUGAGGACUCACUGAUGAGCGCUCAAGAUUUACAAGUGGAGCGAUACCUUUCAACCUCGUAAACAUUAGAAUAGACUGAACGAGGGAGCCGCACACGUGCAAUUGUCUUUCCAACUUGCAGAAUUUAGUCAGCACAUCGGCCAAGAGCUACACAGUAAAGGAUGACAUUGUGCAGGACCCGUCGGUAAGAUUAAGGUUGUAUUUUAGGUUCUUACGUAGGGCUGUAUAUCUUAGCAGAGAACGACUUGCGAAUGCUGUCC